UGGAGGGUUGCAGCUUCCCUGGAAUGGUGUUUUCUGGUAACUGCUCUGAAGUGUCACUAUUUCCUUACUUCUGCAUCCAACGAGUACAGUCAUUGUGUCAUGAACAGGAUUCUACAGAAGUAUCCCCUUUAUGUUAGAAGCACAUGCUCCUAACUGACUACAUCCCGUUACUAUGCGCCGCCAACAACGCCUCUUCGCAGUCCUAUAUGCAUUGUUGGGUGUGACUACCGUCAAGCCCAAGAACUCCCAGCCUUCCCGGUUUAUAGAUGCAAACGAUCGAGAAGAUAUCCCAUACAGUAUAAAAUGCCUUCCUGAUAACUUCAGACAUAUAACGGUUUCUGAUGGACAUCAGCUGGACGGCCUGAGUUGUGGGAUAGCUCUCAAUUGUACGCUCGCAACUUGGCACUCAUGCCACUAGAUCAUCAAGCGAUGUCGUCAAUCUCACAAUCUUACGAAAGUAGCUUGGGAAUACUUGUCUCCACGAAAUUAGAGAGCCCGUUCUACAGCCCCAUACAGCAAAGGCACAUUGAC